AUGUCGGCUAUCCCCUUACCAGAGGGGAAAGGAAAAGGGGAACCUUCCCCUAUUGAAGGUUAUACCAAAGAUUAUAAGGAGGCCAAACAGACUGAAAAGAAUCAGGAGCCAACUGAAAAUAUGAAACUAGUCCUGCAGUGGGUCAACACUGUUGAAGCUACAGACGAACAAAAUAUCACGGAAAGCGAUAUCCUUGCUUCCAUUGAUACGGCUUCCACCUCUUCUACCAAUUAUUACGGGCAGGAGGCCUUCAAACACUUUCAGCCAAAACUUUUCAAGCUCCUGACUGGCAUCAUUCCGCGCGAAGUUCAUCUCAGCGUGGUUGGUCGCAUGAAAGGCGGUGGAAAUAAUCGUGUCGCUGGUAUCCGCUUCGAUUGGCCUUCGGGAAAAAUUUGCAAACUUAAUGGCAAAGUUUUCUUUCAACCUCAAGAAGAUGACACCGAAGUCAGGGCUGUUUUCCGCACAUGCCGCUGGCCAUCCCCGGAGAAAUCCGACCCCGAAAUCAUGGACAACUAUGCCAUCCUUACAGAGCUUAGUCGAGUUGGACUCAAGGUCCCAAUUGUUAUCGCCUACGACUCAACCCCUUGGAACUCAAUGAGUGUCCCUUUCAUGUUGCUCGAACGCCUUCCAGGAUUCCGUCUCGAAGACAUCUACGGAAGCCUUACGCUCAAGCAGAAGGAGCGGGUUGCUCGUCUCGUUGCUGAGCAGCUCAACAUAUUUGACACUAUCAGAAACGGGAAAAUGGGAAGAAUUCAAGGUGCCCAGGAUUGCAUUCCGGUCAAGCGAACUUUUCAGCCGGAGAUCCCUAAGGAUUUCAAGAUGAUUACCUUAGACUUUGUUACUGGUCGUCAGCACAAGCUUCAUGUUAAACCGAGCAGAUCCAUCUAUACUGUUAUGCGACGCAUGUUCAAUAAUUGGAUCUCUAUCAUCAAAAAAGGCGACAUUUUCAAAGAUAACGCCGAAUCACUGCAAGAAAUUUACCUUCACCUCUUCGAAGAGCUCCGCGCCAUCUUGGAAGUCAUGAAACUCCGCGGGUUUUUUGAGGGGCAAGAAGGAAAUAUUGCUUUGCAUCAUCCGGAUUUCUUUGCUCGCAAUAUCAUUAUCGGUGCUUCCUGCCGCCGACCCGACAAUCUGGAUUUCCAGAUUGAAGGUGUUAUCGAUUGGGAUGAAGCACUUUAUCUUCCCGAAGUCCUUCGCUGCAGCCCAUGUUCUUGGCUUUGGGAGCUGGCUGGACCCCAAGUUACCAACCUCCCCGCAUGGGAGGAAUACUAUGGAGAUUCUGACGAGCUUCCUAGUGGUCGCUUCGACUUUCGCCUCAAUCCAGAUGAGCGAAAGAUCAAGACUGCGUACGAUGAGGUCCUCAGUCAGACUAAGCGAGACUUUAUGUAUAAGGUUGAAAACGUCUGGAUCCGUAGGUUGUGGAAGUUUGCUCUUUCAGGAGUCUACCUCAGCAAUGAACAUGAUGUCAAUCGCUUCACGAGAUUCCUCGAGAAUUGGGCCGUUUACGUCAAGGCUACGAGGCACCGUUUCAACGACCCAAACGCCAGUCGCUAUGUCAAAAUCAGCCCUGAGCUCGCGCAACAAAUCCGCAAGCAUAUUAAGGUUAAAUCUACGAAGGACGAUACGACGACUAAAGAAUCUGCUUAA